AUGGAGAAAUCCAAAAACUUUCGCAUUGACGCGCUUUUAGCAGUCGAUACACCUAAGGUGCAGACCUCGCCGCUCGCGCUUGUGACCUCUCUGUCCUCGUCCUCCUCUGCCACAUCCUCAUCCUCCAUCCCGUCGUCUGGGAGUGUGGUAGCCGCAGAGCUGACGACCAGUGCCGAGUCUUUACGCACCGAGACGCCGUCCCCGCCGAGGAUUUCCACUUGUGGCCUGAUUCCUAAACCGGGUUUCCUUAACAGUCCGCACAGCAUGGUUGGAUUACAUCCGCAGAGCACCGCAGGGAUCCCGGCACAGGCUCUGUACGGCCAUCCCAUGUACACUUACUCCGCUGCAGCACUCACAGGCCAACACCCUGCCUUGUCCUACUCCUAUCCACACGGCUCCCAUCACCACCACACCAGUGAUCCCAUCAAACUGACAGCCAGCACCUUCCAGCUAGAUCACUGGCUCCGGGUUUCCACAGCCGGGAUGAUGCUUCCUAAAAUGUCUGACUUUAAUUCUCAGGCGCAGUCCAACUUGCUCGGGAAGUGCAGAAGACCAAGGACUGCAUUCACGAGCCAGCAGCUGCUGGAACUGGAACAUCAGUUCAAGCUGAAUAAGUAUCUGUCAAGACCGAAGCGCUUUGAGGUCGCCACGUCCCUCAUGCUGACAGAAACUCAGGUUAAAAUCUGGUUCCAGAACAGACGCAUGAAAUGGAAGAGAAGCAAGAAGGCCAAAGAACAGGCCGCCCAGGAGGCCGAGAAGCAGAAAGGCACCAAGAGCGGCCAAGAUAAAUCAGAAGGACUCGAACAGUCGGAUUAUCACAGCAAGACAGACUCAAAAAAUGGCAGAAUAAGAGACUUCAGGGACAGUGACGACGACGAAGGCAACAAUUUCCUGUACAACUCGUCAGAUUGCUCUUCAGACGAUGAGCGGAAUCACAACAGCGACGUUAGUCCACAGCCCUGA